ACGGACAAUUUUUUGCUUAGCGUUAGUACCGUCGCUGCCUAGCAUGUACGACGAAAAGGAGAAGGAUACAAGCAUUGACAAGAUCUCUCUUGAGAAAGGUCUUAACGCUAAUGUUGUAACAUCGUCUGCUGCUGCUCAAGAUGUGCGAUAUACCUUUGACACUGCUGACCUUGAUCGAGUCCAACGACGACUAAAACAGCGACAUGUACAAAUGAUCGCCAUCGCUGGCACACUAGGCACUGGUCUCUUCCUUGGUUCGGGGAAAGCGCUACAUGGGGCUGGUCCUCUUGGUGCUCUCAUCGCAUACAGCAUCGUCGGAACAGUUGCUUACUCAUCUUUGUGUGCCGUCGGUGAAAUGACUGCGCACGCGCCAAUUUCCGGAACUUUCCCUCAUUUCGCCGCUCGAUGGGUAGAUCCAGCACUUGGUUUUGCCGUCGGGUGGAAUUAUUUCUACUCCCAAGCGAUUGCUGUUCCUGUUGAAAUAACGGCUGCUCAAAUUAUUAUCACUUUCUGGGACCCGAAUCCUUCGCAUUCGCCAAUCUAUACUGCACUUGUUUGUGUAUGCGUGUGCAUGAUCAAUAUCUUCGGCGUACGAUGGUUCGGAGAAUCAGAAUUCUUUUUCUCAAUAAUCAAAAUUUUGUUGAUUGUGGGACUAAUCAUCACUGGGGUCGUCGUCGACCUCGGCGGUGGACCGGAUCAUGACCGUCUUGGAUUUCGGUACUGGAAGAACCCUGGCGCUCUCGCGCAGUCCGACUUGGUUUCAGCCGAUAAAGUCGGACUAGGCCGUUUCCUCGGGCUUAUUUCCGUGCUUAUCCAGGCGGCAUUAUCGUUCCAAGGAAUGGAACUCGUUGCAAUUGCAGCAUCUGAGACUGAGAGUCCGAGGCGCAAUAUAUCGAAAGCCGUGCGAAGGGUCUUCUAUCGAAUCCUGUUAUUCUAUUUAUUGGGUGUUUUUGUCACCGGCCUCCUCGUUCCAUACACCGACGGCCAGUUACUCUCAGACGUCGGUAACGCAGCAGCGUCACCCUUCGUCAUUGCAUUUACACGUGCAGGAAUCAAAGUCCUUCCAUCAAUCAUCAAUGCCGGUGUCCUCACAAGUGCCUUCUCCGCCGGGAACUCCUUCCUCUUUUGUUCUUCUCGAAUUCUUUAUGGUCUUUCCGUUCGCGGCCAGGCACCGAGGAUCUUCUCGUUUUGCACGAAGAACGGUCUGCCCCUUGCAGCUAUAUUUGGUGCAAGCUGUUUUACGCUGUUGUCGUUCAUGAAUGUGCAGGCUUCCUCUGAGCAGGUCUUUAAUUGGUUUGCUAAUCUGACUACUGUCGCUGGGUUCUUCACUUGGCUAUCCAUCAAUUUGACAUUUGUUUUCUUCUACCGUGGCAAAAAGGUACAAGGCUUCGACCGUACAAAAAGCGCCUAUUAUAGCGUCCUUCAACCAUACUUAUCCUACUACGGCGCCAUAUGGUCAACCAUCUUCAUCCUUAUCAACGGAUUCGACGUGUUUUUCAGGUUUAACGUGUCAGACUUCCUCGUUGCAUACAUCAACAUCCCGAUAUUCUUUCUUCUGUAUUUCGGGUACAAGAUCGUGAAGCGUACGAGGUUUUGGAAACCCCAUGAGAUGGAUUUCGUUACUGGAAUUCCGACGAUGGAGGAGACUGAGGUACCAGAGACGCCACCCAGGACUAUUCCUCAGAAGAUUGCGGCGGUAUUGUUCUGAGGUCACUCCUUGAGUCCUUCUUUCUUCCCGCAUUAGGUCUUCCUUUUUAUUAGCUGAUUGGAUUUUACUUCCCUACAUAUACAUGCGCUUUACACGAUAUUUCAUGAGUCUCAUGGACAGCAUUUGCGAUUUUGUAAGUAACUAUUGUAAAGAAUUAUACACCAUGCCAAUAGCUGGAUCCAUGCGUGUAAUAUAUUGAAAAUAAAAAAUGCC